CGCCAUUGUUGAGGGAGUGUUACAUCAGUAUCACUUCUGAAGUUCAUGGGUGGUGAUUCGGGGAGAGGUUUUCCAAAUGAAGGUGAAUCGUUGAACCCCACGUCUUUGACCAUGCUAACCCGACUCUUCAGAUUACAUGGCCUGUUUGUGGCCUCUCAUCCCUGGGAGGUUAUUGUGGGCACGGUUGCUUUGACCAUCUGUCUUAUGUCCAUGAAUGCAUAUGCCAGUACUGACCAGAGCUGCAGCUGGAACAGCCAGUGCCCCAAAGCCCAAGAGAAGAUCCCGAGCAGUGACGUCAUCAUCUUAACCAUCACAAGAUGUAUUGCCAUAGUUUAUAUUUACAUUCAGUUCAAAAAUCUACGUCAGCUUGGCUCUAAAUACAUGCUGGGUAUCGCUGGCUUGUUCACGGUCUUCUCCAGUUUUGUGUUUAGCACGGUGGUUAUUCACUUUCUGGGUAAAGAACUCAAUGGCCUCAAUGAGGCAUUGCCGUUUUUCCUCUUGCUAAUCGAUCUCUCCAAAGCCUGCACCCUGGCCAAGUUUGCUCUCAGCUCAAACUCACAGGAGGAGGUGCGGGAGAACAUUGCUCAGGGCAUGGCUAUACUUGGACCGACUUUCACCCUGGAUGCUCUGGUGGAGUGCCUAGUGAUUGGGGUUGGCACCAUGUCAGGCGUGAGGCAGCUGGAGAUUAUGUGCUGUUUUGGCUGCAUGUCUGUCCUGGCCAAUUAUUUUGUCUUCAUGACUUUCUUCCCUGCAUGUGUCUCUCUGGUUUUGGAGUUGUCUAGAGAGAGUCGAGAGGGUCGACCUGUCUGGCAGCUGAGUCAUUUUGCCCGUGUGCUCGAGGAAGAGGAGGGUAAUAAACCCAACCCCGUGACACAGCGAGUCAAAAUGAUCAUGUCUUUAGGUCUUGUUCUGGUCCAUGCUCACAGUCACCUGGUGGCUGUGUCACCGUCUCAGAACCACACAGCAGUGGACCUGCGGCCCAUGUCAGAAGGAAUGGAUCCGGAGAAACAGCUGUCCAGUGUGGACCUGGAGCAGGUGAUCACUCUGAGUUUGGCCCUGCUGCUGGCUGUGAAGUAUGUCUUCUUUGAGCAGGCGGAGACUGAAUCCCACCUGUCAAUCAGAAGCCCUAUGGUUGGUCCGCACAGAAAAGGGUCAGAGCAGUACUGCAGGAGGGCGUCAACCUCUCUCAAAACCCUGAGGAGGUCACACACCUUUGACAAUCAUACCUCGCUGAGAAGAGAUGAAAGAGAUGAGGUUGCUCAGCCCCUGGUGUCUCCUGUGGAGCAGAACACCCCACCCCAUACUCAGGAGGACAGUGUGGAACAGAUAGAGAUAUCCGAGAACAUCCUCCCAAAACCUUCAGCCCAACCACGCCCUUUAGAUGAGUGUCUGUCCAUUUUGAGAGACCCAGAGAGGGGUGCAUGUUUCCUUAGUGAUGCUGAGGUGAAGUUGCUGGUGACUACCCGGAACAUUCUUGGCUAUAACCUGGAGAGGGAGAUGGAGAAUCCAGAGCGUGGCGUGGCCAUCCGGAGAGAGAUCCUCUCCUCCAAAUUGCCCAUCACCUCUGCCCUUGACUGCCUACCUUACAAAGACUAUGACUACUCCAAGGUGAUGGGCAGUAACUGUGAGAAUGUGAUUGGCUACAUGCCAGUGCCAGUGGGAGUGGCUGGACCACUAUUAUUGGAUGGGAGGGAGUUCUACGUUCCAAUGGCAACAACAGAGGGUUGCUUAGUGGCCAGCACAAACCGUGGAUGUAGAGCCAUCACACUGUCAGGUGGUGCGAACAGUCGCGUUCUUGCAGACAGUAUGACGCGUGGUCCAGUGGUCCAGCUCCCGUCAGCGUGCCGGGCAGCAGAGGUCAAAGCCUGGCUGGAGACGGCCCAGGGUUUCAGCUGCAUUAAGGAGGCCUUCAAUAACACCAGCAGGUUUGCUCGAUUAGAGCGACUGCAGGUUGGACUGGCAGGGAGGAAUCUUUACAUCCGCUUCCAGUCCGAGACAGGAGACGCCAUGGGCAUGAACAUGCUCUCUAAGGGCACAGAGCAGGCCCUGUCCAGGCUGCAGGAGGAGUUCUGUGACCUGCGUGUUCUGUCCGUCAGUGGGAAUUACUGCACUGACAAAAAACCUGCUGCUCUCAACUGGAUCCAAGGCAGAGGAAAGUCUACAGUGUGUGAGGCCACCAUCCCAGCCAAAGUUGUCAGAGAGGUGCUGAAGACCAGUACCUCUGCUCUGGUGGAGCUGAACAUCAGUAAGAACCUGGUGGGGUCAGCCAUGGCUGGCAGCAUUGGUGGAUUCAACGCACACGCAGCUAAUAUCGUGGCAGCCAUCUACAUUGCCUGUGGACAGGACCCAGCUCAGACAGUGGGCAGCUCUAACUGUAUCACUCUGAUGGAGGCAGUGGGCCCAGACGGUCAGGAUCUGUAUGUCAGCUGCACUAUGCCUUCUAUAGAACUGGGCACUAUAGGAGGAGGAACCAACCUACCCCCACAACAAGCCUGUCUACAGAUGUUGGGUGUUCAAGGUGCCAGUGCCAGGUGUCCAGGGGAAAAUGCCAGGUGUCUGGCACGUGUGGUGUGUGGCACUGUACUGGCAGGAGAACUUUCCCUCAUGGCUGCUCUAGCCGCAGGCCACCUCGUCAAGAGUCACAUGACACAUAACAGAUCAAAAGUGAAUAUCGUAGAAGCAUCAGGAUCACACUCAGAGCAAACUUCUUGAAACUGUGGAAGAGAGAAAGAAAGAAACCACACAGAGGACUUGCAACAGACGCAAAGAGGGGCACUAGGCUGCUGCUGCUGCUGCAUUCUGGGAAUUGUGGCACUGCUUUAGUUGCAAGUAUUCAAUCUCAGGACAUGUGAACCAUCAGCUCUGAAUGUGGCAGGAACAGACUGACACAUUGACCAAAAGGAAAACUGCUCAGUCAAGCAAGAGGAAACUAAAGCCAUAUUCCACUUCCCAGUCAGUAAACUAUAACUCUCACCUAUCCGUGAAGAAUACUGCAAACCUCCUGAUCUGUAGGUUUUGCAGGCUAUGGUGUUGCUUUACUGUCUCCCUGCAUGUGGAACGUGGCCGAUGAUUUGUAUGGGGUCGAGUAAGAGGACUGCAUUUUCUCUCCUGUGCCAACUGAGUAUAGAGUGACCAAGAACUCCGCUCAGCUGAUUUAAAUGAGAUGUGGAUUGUUAAAACACUGUCACAUCUGUCUUGGUUGAGGAGUUUUGGUAUGAUCUCUUGAGCCAGAGUGCAUUUAUGUCUAUUAACAGUGAGGGAUUCAAACUGUGCAUUUCCAUUUGCUCAGAGAGAGAUUUAGUCAUUGGGGUAAAAAAGAAACAGUGAGAAUAGACUUAGAUCAUUGAGGUAUUGGAUUUUUUUUUCUACUUGCCAAACUUGAGUUUAUCACUAAUUAACAACCAAACAUCUGUUUGAAGGCCAAACUUAUCUAACAGUUUGAGACUAAGUGAUCUUGAAUGUACUUUUUUUUUGUUUGUUUGUUUUCAAUGUUUCAACAAGAAUUCCUGGUUUUGUCAGGUCAACACACUGUGUUUUUGUUCAAGUAUUACAUUUAUAAACCCAAAACUAGAGAAUCCUGAAAAGCGGCUGCUAUAAUGAUGUGGUGAAAAAGUGUGAAGUGUAGUAUGUGCUCUGCAUAUGUCUCCUGUUAACUGCACUGCUUUUUCAGAAUGUGUGUGUGUGUGUGUGUGAGAGAGAGUGUGAGUGUUUUCAGUCAAACGAAGUGUCAGAUGUCGCUGUGCCAUGAAGCCAUUUUAAAAGCAAACAGAGACGGAUACUGCUUUCAUGUUUUUGUUUUGGGGUUUUUUUUCCCCGUUUUUGAAAGGAAAAAUCAAGGUUCUGUGUUGGAGGCACAAUGUGCAUCUGGCUGGUUUAACUGCUUAAGUGCAUUAGUGUUCAGUAAUAUAAACGGGUUGUUUCUCAUUUGACUUUCUGACUUUAGAAAGUAACCAGAAAGCUGCAUCUGUUGGUCAACGACAAAUAAGUUAAUCCUUUCAACAUGCUGUCGAAUGUAAUGUUUAAUAUCAUAUGAAAUAUUCAGCAAGUGUAUUUUUGUUUUAAAAAAUGCAGGAAACAUUGUA